CUGGACCUUCCCUUCAAUUAGAAGCCGAUCUUAUUGUCCUUUGUUUCAGUUUCUCAGAUUUUGAUUCAUUGAAGAUUGAGCACAGGGGAUGAUAUGGGAAACAACAAUGCAACCGCCAGUUUAGCAGAGAGCUCAAAGCUAGAAACCAAUGGAAUAUCACCGUUGGAGAGCCUUCCCGUGGAGAAGACCCAAGAUCAGGUGUUUCUUGCAGUUGAAGGCAAAGAUGGAGAUAAACAGAACGAGAGCUUUUCUGAUGAUGUUACAGGUAAAGAGAGUCAAGAAACAGAACUACAAAGCAAUGAAUUAGUUGAUGAUCCAAAAGUGACCAAGGUUGAAGAAGAUACGUAUCAUAAUGGCUUGGAUGGCUUGGUAAUGGAAACCGAUGAGCAGCACACAUCAGUUGCAGAAGGUGUUGAAACUGUGUGUGAAUCGCCAAAAGUGGAAGAGUUAUCCAUGAUUGGGACUCAAAGCAUUGUGAGCAAAUCGAGUACAGAAGAGUCUGGUAAUGAAGAGAAGCCCUGUGUGAGUGAUGAGAUUGUCUUUGUUUCGCCAGGGUUGUACGAAGCUGCCGGAACUGAAGAUAAGCUGGUCAUGAAUGAGUCUCUUGAAGAAACUGAUUCUGGAGGGAAGGCUGUAAAGCUUGAUCAAGAGAUCUGUAUGGAACAGAGAACAGGGUCUCCCGAAGAGGCCCAGGAGAUUCUGAACCUGGAUAAUUGCGUUCUUGAUGAUGAUGAUGACGAUGAAGUUACAAAUGAAGGAAAAGCCGACAAGGAGAUACCUAAACUUGGUUCACAAGGAUCAAACGCGAUUGUAGAGAUCGGUUUUGAAGAUUAUAAGGAAGAGAGAGACAUGGAGUUAGCAAGAGAAGCAAGUCUGAAGCGCAUGUCUCGAUGCAGAUCUCUCCCAGUGAGAAACAAUAGUAGAGUUGUGAGAGAUUCGCCAGUUCAAGAAUUGGUUUCAGAGGUUACGUGUCCUUCAAGAAACAAAAUGGGUUUCGAUAAAGCCAAAACGUCUGACAUACUACCUGUUUUUUCUUGCCAACCAAGCAACAAAGUGCAAGAAACUUCUGAAGCAAUAAGUGAAAGCAGCAAGGAAGUUAAAUUUGAGAUGCGAUCUCCCAGCUUUAGUAAUGAUCUAACAAUCGAGGAAAGGCGCGAUGAGCCGACAGAAGAAACUCCUUUACUCUCUCAAGACAAGACUGAGACAUAUAAGGCAACACCCGAUGUGGAGAACACUGUAAUGCUGAAGAGAAGUGAGACUGAGAAAAUAAGAGGCUUUGAGUUGUCUUUAGGGUUGUCGAUGAACCUCAGUGGAAGAUGUGACACAGAUGAUAGCUUCAAAGAAACCAAGAACUCAGGAGAAAACUUGGUGGAAGAAAAACCUAACAUGUCUGAGACUCUGGUUGUUUCUUGUGUAGGAAGCAAAGAGGCGCAAGAUACUAAUGAAGUGAUAACUGAAAGCAACAAAGAAGAUGCAGUUGAGAUGCGAUCACCGAGCUCUGGAAAUGACCUAAGAACCAAAGAAAGAAGCGGUGAAUCUACAGAGGAAACUUUUUUACUCUCGCAGGACAAGCCUGAGACAACACUCGAUGUGGAAGAGAAAACUGUGAUGCUGAAGAGAACUGAGACUGAGAAAAUAAGAGGCUUUGAGUUGUCUCUAGGGUUGUCUAUGAACCUCAGUGGGAGAUGUGACACAGAUGAUAGCUUCAAAGAAACCAAGGUCUCAGGAGAUAAUUUGGUGGACAAGAAAGCUAACACGUCUGAGACUCUCUUUGUUUCUUAUGUAGGAAGCAACAAACCACAAGAAGCUACUGAAGUGAUAACUGAAAGCAACAAAGAAGAUCUACUUGAGAUGCGAUCUCCGAGCUCUGGAAAUGACUUAAGAACCAAAGAAAGAAGCGGUGGAUCGACAGAGCACAUUCCACUACUCUCUCAUGACAAGACAGAGACAUACGAGGCAACAAUCGGCGAGGAAAAGAAAACUGUGAUGCUGAAGAGAACUGAAACUGAGAAAACAAGAGGCUUUGAGUUGUCUUUUGGGCUGUCGAUGAACCUUAGUGGGAGAUGUGAUGCAGAUGAGAGCUUCGAGGAAAACAAGGGCUCAGGAGAUAACUUGCUGGACAAGAAAGCUUCUUGGGGUUCUAUGAAAGGUAGAGUCAGAAAAAGGAGCAAAUCUUCGCUCUUUGGGACAUGCCUCUGCUGCAACAUUGCAAUGAAUUGAACAGAUUUGCAGGUAAGAGGAUUACUAAUUUUGUGAUUCGAUUGUUUUUACAAAAUUAUUAUGGCAUAUUGGGAGGAAACUAAAUGAAUGUGUGGAUUGGGUUUUCUGUAUACUUGAGAUGGGUUUUUCUGUUUAAGAGGUUUAAAAAUGUUGUUGUUUUAUGAUAUUUCCUUCCAGUAUGAAUUUG